UGAGACAACGACCCUCCUUACUUCUAUUUCUAUGGCCGUUACAAAUUACAGCGGAGCAGACGAUGUUACUUUGCGCGGAAAGCGUGCAGCGUGCUUCAUUUCUUGCAGACGUUUAAGUUGUAGUUUUCGAAGCUGGCGUGUGUCUGUGUCAAUCCCCCUCACAGCGGGUUUGCCUGGGUAUUCUUAAUUAACAAUAAAACAAAACAAACUGAUUUCCUUUGGAAUCCGUUACAUCAUGGGAAGCGGCACUGUCAUUGAAAACUUCUACGGUGUAUACUUACUGUACUGUGAAAAUCCCAAAUAUGUUGGAAGAACAUACAUUGGCUAUACCGUAAAUCCCAACCGAAGAAUACAGCAACACAAUAAAGGAGUGAGUUCAGGUGGCGCAUACAAAACAUCCAAUAAAGGCCCAUGGGAAAUGUGUUUGAUUAUUCAUGGCUUUCCCAAUGAUAUUUCUGGACUUCGAUUUGAAUGGGCCUGGCAGCAUCCAGAGAAGUCCCGUAGACUGAGGAAAUUGGUGGAAAGAAAAAAAUCUAAAGAGAGUGGGUUCCAGUUCAAAAUGAGGGUUUUGUCCCAUAUGUUGCGUGUGGGUCCGUGGAACCGACUUGCCCUGACUAUUCAGUGGCUCGUUCCAAAAUAUCGCGUCGAGUUUGAAGUCAGCUUGCAGCCUCCACCUCAUAUGCCUAUUGAAGAAGGCCGUGUGAUUUCAAAGAAAGUUUCAUCGCCUUUAAAGGAACAAAACUUAUUGUGUUCUUCAACAUGCAUCCCUAGGUGCGAUUUAUGCCACCAAACGAUAGAGAAUGGUGAAGUUUUGAACUGUCUCAACACAGAUUGCACACUGAAAGCCCACAUUUUGUGUUUGUCUUCCCGUUUUUUGAUUACUGAACCUGAUCACAUCCUACCGUUAGAAGGAUCUUGCCCUAAUUGUUUAAGUGAGCUGCUAUGGGCUGAUUUGAUUCGAAAAUUGAAGGGCUGCUACCAAAAUGAAAAUCUUUCCCUUGACAAUACUAUUCUAACCUAAGCUUAGGGUUGCAGUUCAUAUGUUUUUAAACAAUUAUCUUGAUUUGAUGCGUUUAAAAAAAACAACAACAAAAAAACGUAUACUGUGUGUCAUAUGUGAAAUAGGUUUUUUUAAAUCUCAAUGCGUGCACAACAAUACUCACUGUACAUUUUAUUUGCCAUAAAAAAUAUGUGUGUAAUAUACAUCGCUUGUUUAAAAGGCAAAUCUAUGGCUCUGAGAGCGAAAGAG